AAGGUAUGGAUCUUGACAGAUCAGCUGGAAUUACAAUAUUAUAGUAAUAUGGGGAAAUUGAGAGAUGAUGUACCAGUAUUUCAAGGGGCUCUCUCUAUUGCUGUCCAUUCUAAUGAACGCCCAGGAUUUCAACCAUUUAUUAAAAAUUAUUCUUAUAGCACAAAAGAAGAUGGUUUUAUCAAGGACUUUCCUGGUGUUAUCCCAAAUUCCCUUUUAGGCACCAGCAAUGUAGAUAUGUCUAAUGAGGAAGAGACACAGUAUGAUCUUUUUCAGUUUGUUUUAAAAAAACACAUUGCUGGGCACAGCUACACAAUCUACAAUGCUAUUUAUGCUGUAGCUCAUGCUCUACAGAUCAUGCAUUCAUGUCAAUCCAGAAGAGGAAGUGGACAGAGGAAAAAACUUCUAAAGCAAGAGCCAUGGAAGCUCCAUCAUUUUCUGAAGCAGGUUUCUUUUAACAACAGUGCUGGAGACAAGAUUUCCUUUGACCAGUAUGUGGUGCUAAUAACAGAUUUUGAUGUAAUAAACUGGGUCACACUUCCAAACCAUUCUUUUGCCAGAGUAAAAGUUGGAAGCAUAGAUCCAAAGGCUCCUGUAGGCCAAGGAUUGAUUAUUAAUGCAUCUGGCAUUCUGUGGUACAACGGGAUUGAACAGGUACAGCUCCUUUCUGUGUGUAAUGAUAAAUGUCACCCUGGUUACCACAAAGAAAAGAAAGAAGGGGUGGUGUUCUGCUGCUAUAAUUGCAUUCCAUGUCCAAAAGGAAAGAUUUCUGAUCAGUUUGAUAUGACCAACUGCUUUCAAUGCCAUGAAGAUCGCUAUCCAAAUAAAUACAGGAAUGCUUGCAUUCCCAAAGUAGUGACCUUCUUAUCUUUUGAGGAACCAUUGGGUAUUGGUUUAACCUCUUUGACUCUUUCCUUUUUGUUGAUGACAAUUCUGGUGUUUGGGAUAUUUUUGAAACACCGUAGCACUCCCAUUGUCAAAGCUAACAACGAGACGCUCACCUACAACCUUCUCUUCUGUCUUUUUCUGUGUUUUCUUUCUGCUUUGCUAUUCAUUGGCCAUCCUAGGAAGAUGACCUGUCUCCUCCAACAAGCUGCUUUUGGCAUUGUCUUUUCAGUUGCGAUUUCUUGUGUAUUGGCAAAAAAUCUCACAGUGCUCUUAGCAUUUAUGGCAACCAAACCAGGAUCCAGAUUAACUAAGUGGAUAGGUAAAAAACUGGCCAAUGCCAUUAUUCUGUCCUGUUCCCUAAUUCAAACAGGUUUGUGUGCUGUGUGGCUGGCAACUGAUCCCCCAUUUCCUGAUCUGGACAUGCACUCAGUGGCUGAAGAAAUUGUACUGGAAUGCAAUGAAGGCUCAGUGACCAUGUUUUACUGUGUUUUGAGUUAUAUGGUCUUCCUGGCAAUUGCUAGUUUUACUGUAGCCUUUCUAGUCAGGAAGUUACCCAACAAUUUCAAUGAAGCUAAAUUUAUCACUUUCAGUAUGCUCAUCUUUUGCAGUGUGUGGUUAUCCUUUGCUCCGGUCUAUCUGAGCACGAAGGGGAAAUAUGUGGUAGCUGUGGAGAUCUUUUCUAUCUUGACUUCCAGUGGUGGUUUGCUGAGUUUCAUCUUCUUCCCCAAAUGCUACAUUAUUGUCCUGAGGCCUGAGCUGAAUAAUAAAGAACAGCUCAUCAAAAGAAAAGUACCUCUCCCUAUAACUCAGUGAAAUACAUGGUAGCUGUGGAAAUCUUUUCCAUUUUAUCCUCCAGUGCUGGGCUGCUGGGUUUUAUUUUCUUCCCCAAAUGCUAUAUUAUUGUGUUAAAGCCAGAACGGAACAUAAAAAAGCAACUAAUAAGGAGGAAAAAUUAGGACAUUGCUUGAUUCCACAUACGAUUUUAUAAGUUUUUACUCAUUGCUGACAAACUUCCUGUCACAACUGA